AUGGCUCGUCGGCGAAAAUUUGUGUAUUCGUCUCGUGUUGCGCAACUGGUGUCUCUAAGACGUCAGAGAGAAACACCCGAAGAAACGAGGAUUCGUCGGGAAAAAGGUCGUAUAGCCAAUGCGGCGAGACGGGCGCGUGAAACGCCUGAGGAGAAAGAAAUCCGAAAGCAAGCAGAACGUCGUAUGGCUGCACGCAGAAGGGCUUGUAUUAAAGAAAGGCAGAGACGAGAGAACAAGUCUAGACUGACUAGACAGAAGAGUGUACGAUAUAUUUGUAGAGAGGAGAGCCUACACCAUGUUAGUGACAGAGGAAAGGUUUGUAAUCGAGUCGUUUGUAAGUAUGGUCUUAGGAAGAUUACGAAGGGAAAGAAGGAGUGUGAGGAUUGUGAAAGAGACGUCGACAUUCAUCAUGUGAGAGGUCAGAAACAUCGAUCACGUGACCACCUGAGGACUAAAAUACACGAACAUGCGCAAGAUCAGAGCCGUAUACGGGACCCGAAGAUCGAUCAACAUCAUGAGAUUAUGACUUGCUUCUUGUCUCCUACGCGGCAUUUACGAAAGGGCAAAAUCGAGAAUAUUGUAGAGAAGAUCAAACAGAGAAAGAGUUGCCACGAGACAACGAAAGUGGAAGCAUCGUUGACUGUAUAGCCCAAAGUACAUGUACUUUAUUUAUUGGUGAUUGUUGAUAUCAAUGUACUCAGUAAAUUGUGAUGAGAGCUUGCCUGUGGUGUUGUUAUCCGUUAAUGUUGAUGUAUAGAAAUAGUAGCAUUUAUAUAGAGAUUGAUAAUUAAUUUUGCUUCUGA